AUGUGCUCUGACUCGAACUGUUACGUUCCAUUCUUCAAUAUUUAUUGGAGUGUCUACGGAAUUCUGGGAUUAUUUCUUCAGCUAACAUUGAUAUAUCUGAUUUUUCAAAAACUUCCAGUAUUUCUAAACAAUUUAAGAUAUUUUUUAAUAAACAGCGCAUUUUCCCAAUUAACCCUUGUCAUACUUGCAUUCACUUCUCAAUAUCGUUUCUUAACAAACAGUACUUCAAUGGCUAUUCUAUCACCUGGACCAUGUCGGUUUUUCGGACCAGAUGUUUGUUUUGCUAAUUAUAUUAUUUAUAUGGCAGUUGCACAAGGUUCCGGUAUGGCAAUAUUGGUGACUAUGGUGUUUCGUUUUAUUCAUUUGACAAAUAACCAAAUCAGUAGAAAACAAUCUAUUGUAUUAAUUAUUGUAUCGUAUAUAUUCCCAGUAUAUAACAUGAUAAUUCCAUUCACUGCUCCACGGGAUUUCACUACUGUUCAAAACUUGACUGCAAUAGAACAUUCGACGUACAAUUUGUCUUUGUAUUAUCCAUUCCCUGGUUUUUCCGACAUUGGAAAUUUUCAAUUUGUGUCUACUACAAUUAAUGUUACUCUUGGAGCAUAUGGAAUACCAAUUGCUUGUAUUAUUUUGACAAAUAAGGGACUUCGUCAAGUAAGGAAAAAUCAGUUUAUGUCUGAUUCGACAAAAGAAAUUGCGAUAAAAUUUAUUUAUGGGCUGUUUGUUCAGUCGAUAUUACCAGUUGUUUCAUAUAUACCAAUGGUUACAAGUUAUUUAUAUUCUCAAUAUACUGGAGAAGAAGUCCUGAUUUCUGAGCACUUGACCCUUGGUACUAACUCUCUACCGGGACUCUUAGAUCCCUUCAUAUCAUUUUAUUUUGUGAUGCCGUUUCGACAAACAAUUCUAAACUUUCUUUUUCCAAUCAGGCAGCGUAGUUCAAUUAUUGUAGUGAAUUCCUCAAACUCACAUCCAAUUUAG